AUGGCGAAGGCAUUGCGCAUACCUUGUUUUCAAGUCGUAGGUUUGGAGUCUCCUUCGCCAGAGAACAGUGUUUUGUGUAUAUUUGCCUGCUCUUGCGAAAAUCCUUGCAUUCUUAAAAUCUUAAGUAAGCUGAUUCAUGCAGGGGAUGGAAUGAAAGCUGUAAGACUUCUCUCCGCUGAAAGCUGUCUGUCCUUGGAUCAACGUGAAACGCAGCUGCACGCCAGCCAGGGCUCCUCCAGGGUACCUCGUCUUAUUCUGCUUAUCAUGACACUGACGGGGGCGGCUCUCCUCGUCCUCAAUAUCUCCAUCAUCGCCUGCUUCGUGCGGCGGAGAGCCAUGAAUCGGAACCCUUCCGCGCCUUGCUCCUCCAAAACUGCAUCUCUGGGGAACUUCGGAGCCACUCCAGCCUCCACUCCAGGUGUACAACCCAGCGAGGUCUUCCUAUCCCUCAACACCAUGUCCUCCAACAAUCCCUCCACUUCUCCCUCAGAGUAUCAGAAUGGCGACAGACCGCAACACACGGAUGACGACCCCUCACAGCAGGCUGCCGUCGCUCCCUCUUCUAGCGAGAGUCCCUCACCUGAGGGAGUUGCGCCCCAUUGCGAUCACGAUCUGGUAAAUUUCCCAACGGAACCCGAUGUGUGUUCGCUGGGUUCCAGCGUCUACGACAAUGUUCCUCCGGACGGGCCGCGAAGGAGGAGUUCGGACACUUACCCAGCUGAUGACCAGUACUCCCUCUGUUCCAACCGCAGCAGCGGCUCCCGCGUCUACACCCAGGACUACCUCCGUCCACUGACCCUGGUGGGUGCGCAGCAGCAGGCCACGCCGCAGCUGAUCCAAGACACCCUACAUGCCCUCCCACGUCACUCCCAGCAGCAGUAUCUGCUGCGUCUGGCACAGGCGCAACAACUGGCUCAGCAGACACCACAGAAACAGCAUAAUCAACGUAUAUCACAUCAGUUACAGCACAGCACACAACAAGCAGAUCCAAAGAACGAAGAGUCAUCGCAGCACCAGCACAGCCUACAAGGGUCACAGAAGAAUAAAUAUAACCCACAACAGCCACAGAAUAAACAACACUCUGUUAAACACCAACUUCACUCACCGGUAUUACAACACCAACAUAACCCACAACAAUCACACAACUCGCAACAAUCAUAUAAUCCACAAAAAUCAUCGCACUAUCCGCACACAUCACACAAUUCACAAAUAUCACACAAUUCACAAGCCUCGCAUAAUUCACAAGUAAUAUACAAAGCACUAGAACAAAGCGAGACACUUCAACAAGCACCAACACAUCACCAACAGAACCACCAGACACAACACCUCCAACAGAACCACCAGACAGAACACCUCCAACAGAAUCACCAGCUACAACACCUCCAACAGAACCAUCAGUCACAACACCUCCAACAGAACCACCAGACACAAAACCUCCAACAGAACCACCAGACACAACACCAACAGAACCAUCAGACACAGAACCACCAGACACAGAACCACCAGACACAACACCUCCAACAGCGUCGACACUCAGCACAACAUUCAUCUCACCUGCGUUCACAAUCAUUGCAUCAGAAAAAACAGUCACUUGUUCAGGGAGCGCCGCCACAGGGUCGGCCAAGCCCAAAGUCACUUCAGCAACAGCACUCAAGUCCGCCAUUGCAUCAACAGCAACAAGAGUCAAGUCCGCCAUUGCUGCAGCAGCAACAGUCAAGUCCGCCAUUGCAUCAGCAGCAACAAGAGUCAAGUCCGCCAUUGCAUCAGCAGCAACAAGAGUCAAGUCCGCCAUUGCUGCAGCAGCAACAGUCAAGUCCGCCAUUGCUGCAGCAACAACAAUCAGGUCCGCCAUUGCACCAGCAACAACAAUCAAGUUCGCCAUUGGAGCAGCAACAACAGACAAGUCCGCCAUUGCAGCAUCCCCAACAACAGACAAGUCCGCCAUUGCACCAGCAACAACAAUUAAUUCCUCCACUGGGGCAACAACAAUCAAGUCCAUUAUUGCAGAGACGGCAAUCAACUUCGCCACUGCAGAAACAACGAUCAAGUCCACCACAAUCAUCCCCCCACACAAGUAGCCCGCAACAGUCACCACAAUCCAAUUCACAUUCACCUCGACAAUCGCCCCAGCUAUGCUCUCAGUCAUCUCAAGACAAACACCAACUACGUCUCCAACAACCACCAACACCAUUUCAACAUCUGCCACUCGACGCUCUGCAUGAACCACCAACAUACUCUAACUUGAACCCUACGGAACUCUUCUCAUUAAAUCCUGACAAUUAUCACGUGGACUACAGACAAGCGUUCACUACAGGCUUUGCAACUCUUGCUGAGAUGGUAGCUCUCUACCUGACAACUCUUACUGAGAUGGUAGCUCUCUACCUGACAACUCUUACUGAGAUGGUAGCUCUCUACCUGGCAACUCUUACUGAGAUGGUAGCUCUCUACCUGACAACUCUUACUGAGAUGGAAGCUCUCUACCUGACAACUCUUACUGAGAUGGUACUCUCUACCUGGCAACUCUUACGAGAUGGUAGCUCUCUACCUACAACUCUUACUGAAGGGAAGCGUCUACCUGUCAACCUUACAGAUUGGAUAGCUCUCACCUGGCAACUCUUACUGAGAUGGUACUCUCACCUGGCACUCCCUACUGAAUGUAGCUCUCUACCUGACAACUCUUACUGA